ACACCAACAGCCCUCCUGCCCCCUCCCCCCAACCUCCCCUGCCCCCCCGCCCCCCUGAAACCCGCGGACCGGAGCCUGCGCUGAGCUCCGGAGAGCUUCGCUGGCUGGCACGUCCGGAGCCCGACGAGAGACGGGGCGGCCGGGCUAGAUGCAUGGGGGAGGGCUCCGGUUAAUGCAAGUGCUGGGCUCCUGCAGGGACCCCGACCACUGUCCGCUGCAGCCGCAACUCGGGGCCUCCUCCUCCGCUUCCUCAGCGAUGCUUUUCCACAGCCUGUCCGGCUCCGAGAUGCACGGGGUCAUCGAUGAGAUGGACCGGAGAGCCAAGAGCGAAGCGCCAGCCAUCAGCUCGGCUAUAGACAGGGGAGAGACCGAAACGCAGACCAUGCCUUCCAUCAGCAGUGACCGGGCUGCCCUGUGCGCCGGCUGCGGGGGAAAGAUCUCGGACCGUUAUUACCUCCUGGCAGUGGAUAAACAGUGGCACAUGCGCUGCCUGAAGUGCUGUGAAUGUAAACUCAACCUGGAGUCCGAGCUCACCUGCUUCAGCAAGGACGGGAGCAUCUACUGCAAGGAGGAUUAUUACAGGAGGUUUUCGGUGCAGAGAUGUGCGAGGUGUCACUUGGGGAUCUCCGCUUCCGAAAUGGUCAUGAGGGCCAGGGAUUUGGUAUAUCACUUAAACUGCUUUACUUGCACCACUUGCAACAAGAUGCUCACCACCGGCGACCACUUUGGCAUGAAGGACAAUCUGGUGUACUGCCGCCUCCACUUCGAGACUCUCCUCCAGGGGGAGUACCAGGUGCAUUUCAAUCACUCGGAUGUAGCCGCUGGGAAGGGCCCAGCGCUGGGAGCGGGCUCUGCCAAUACUUUGGGACUGCCUUAUUACAACGGCGUGGGGACUGUCCAGAAGGGGAGACCCAGGAAAAGGAAGAGCCCAGGGCCUGGGGCAGAUUUGGCAGCUUACAAUGCAGCUUUAAGUUGCAAUGAAAACGAUGGUGACCACCUGGAUAGAGACCAGCAAUACCCCAGUAAUCAAAAAACAAAGCGCAUGAGGACAUCAUUCAAACACCACCAGCUGCGGACAAUGAAGUCUUAUUUUGCUAUUAACCACAAUCCUGAUGCCAAGGACUUGAAACAGCUAGCUCAGAAAACUGGCCUAACCAAAAGAGUUCUUCAGGUUUGGUUUCAAAACGCCCGAGCCAAAUUCAGACGGAACCUCUUACGUCAAGAAAACACAGGGGUGGAUAAGACUUCAGAUUCCACACUCCAAGCAGGAACCCCGUCAGGACCCGCCUCAGAAAUAUCCAAUGCCUCCAUGAGUCCAUCCAGCACUCCCACUACCUUAACAGACUUGACUAAUCCUACCAUGCCUACUGUGACAUCUGUCUUGACGUCAGUACCCGGAAGUCUUGAGGUUCAUGAAUCUCGAAGUCCUUCACAGACAACUCUCACAAAUCUUUUCUGAUGACUCUUUCUCAAUAAUUUCUUUAAAAAAGAAAUUAUUCUUAGUUGAAUUCCAAGAGUAUUUUAAUAGAGGCUUUGAGCAACUGACUAACCACACUUAGGAUCUCUCCUGAAAACAGAAGGAAAUGUAUUGUUCUGAUAUUACAGAUUAUGGACUGAGGAAUAACUUGGAAGAUCUAUCUGCAACACAACAUUUGUGUAACUGUACAGUUUUGUGGACUGAGUAAGGGAAACAGCAAUUAAUUUAAGUUGGCUAAAGCUUCUGUAAUUUUCAAAGACUGCCAUGUGCCUUAUAUACUGUUUUAUCUACGUACUUUGGAUUACAUGUCCAUUUUUCUCUUUUUCUCUCUGUAUAUUUAUAACAAGGGCAAAAAUGUUACAAG